AUGGUCAGACAUUGGCCCCUCUCGGCUUCGCUCUUUUGCCUUCACGGCCACGGCCACGGCCGGAGGUCCUGCUUGGCCACCAGCACAUGCGGAUACAAGAAGUGGUUGCCCGAUGGUCGGGUUCUUGUCUGGUGGCUUGGGCCCAGGGAGCCGAAGGAAAAUUCCAGCACAUUUCUAGGAAGAGGAGCCGUGCACGGCUACUCUUUGAAUGGAAACUAUUACUACUACUACUACUACUACUACUACUACUACUACUACUACUACUACUACUACUACUACUACUACUACUACUACUACUACUACUACUACUACUACUACUACUACUACUACUACUACUACUACUACUACUACUACUACUACUACUACUACUACUACUACUAUUACUACUACUACUACUACUACUAUUACUACCACUACUAUUACUACCACUACUAUUACUACCACUACUAUUACUACCACUACUAUUACUACUACUACUCCUCCUCCUACAUAACAAGAUAUUUCAAGUGUAAAAAACAUACCGCACUUUAUGUUAGGGAUAGUCUGUACUCGGGAGUGAAUAACAGCAAUUCCUAA